AUCACUUAGAUAAGGAAAUAAACCCUAAGCAGCUACCCCCGAUUCCCGUCUUCCAAAAUCUUUCCGCUUCAUCAAUCACCAGGAUUGAAUUUACUCUUGCUCUAUCACAUUCUUUUGGCUCAAUGAUUCAUCUCGCUCUAGACGACUUCUGUUUUUCCGCCAGACCACAGUGUUGACCUCCGAUCGAUCUACGAACACGAGUACACGGUUAGGGGCCUGCCCUUUCAAUCAAUCUUCGACUGCUCAGUGCUUUCCUCUCGGUUAGGUGCGAAAUAUUUGUUGUACUCUGUCAAUAUAUAAUGGUGAUAGAAUGAUAUACUCGGUAACUCGGAGCUUUCAAGCCCGCGUGCCACCUCCCAGUCACGUUUUCAGAUGUGAAGUCAUGUAAAUAGCAGGACAUGCAUCCAUUUCAAAAACUGCAGUGCAGGAUUUCAAAAAUUGUGUGAGACACUCAGUGUACUUGAGGUUACGACAAGGUAUUUGAAGAUGAGAAGUUGUCACCGAUCAAUUUCAACAAGUUUUGUUUGAGGCUCUGUUGUACAUUUAUCUUUUAUUUUGUACUUUCUAUUCUCAAGGUGGGGAAUAGACAGGGCUCAGGAGGUCGGAAAUUUGUGAUAUUAGCGGUUGAUUAUUUUACCAAAUGGGUUGAGGCUGAGCCAAUGGCCACAAUCACCGCAGAACAAUGCAAAAAGUUUGUCUGGAGGAAUAUCUUCUGCCGGUUUGGUGUUCCCAUGCAGAUUAUCACCGAUAACGGAAAGCAAUUUGAUUCUGAGCCCUUCAAAGAAUUUUGCGAGCAAUGGGGAGUCGAGGCCAGCCGAGUGUCUGUCGCCUACCCCCAAUGCAACGGGCAAGUAGAGAAUGUGAAUAGAACGAUUGUUAACGGCCUGAAGAAGAAGCUAGAAUCCAUGGGAACAACUUGGGUAAAGGAACUAAACAAUAUCCUUUGGGCAUACUGAACAACCCCAAGAAAAGCGACCGGGGAGACUCCGUUUGCACUGACUUAUGGGUUCGAAGCCCGGGCUCCUUCAGAAGCCUUGGUCCCGAGCAGGAGGGUGGAAGACUAUGAUCCUAAUAACAACGAGGAAAUGUUGAGGGUCGAGCUCCACCUAAUUAAAGAAAAGAGGGAUAGAGCCUUUAUCAAAGCCGAAAACUAUAGAAGGCAAGUGAAGGAGUACCAUGAUGCAAGGGCCAAAGCGAGACAAUUUAUCAUUGGCGACUUGGUUUUGAGAAGAAGGCUGGCCAGAAAACCUCUAGAAGGCGGCAAGUUUGCCAAAAACUGGGAAGGGCCUUACAAAAUUAAAGGAUUAAUUGGGCCCGGGACCUACAAGCUGUGCACUCCUAAAGGGAAACCGGUGGACAGGGCUUGGAACUCUGAACACUUAAUGAAGUUCUACCAAUAGCCAUGUAAUUUUCUAUUUCUCGCUCCAAUUUUCAAUAAAGUUAUGGUUUGAUUUACUAAGUCCAUUAUAAAUUCCGAAGGUCUUAUGACCAACCAAGCCAAAAAAAAGGAAAGGGCUCAACUAUGCCUAAUUGGUACUCGCAAACAAGACAAAGUACUAAUUCCGAACUCAUCAAAUUCCAGAAGCUCAAAUCAGUAUUUCUAAAGACGAGAGCGGGAAUAAGACAACCUUCCUCAAGGUUAGACAGCCCUAUAUAUGCACAAAAUCAGAUUUCCUCAAACAGGAAAGGACAGCCUCUCGCAAGGCUAAGAUUUUAAGGGGCUAAAAGAUUAAAACUUAUGGAAUUAACUUUGCACCGGAGAAGCCAACGUGCUUCGCCAAUCAAGAGGCUAAUCACUAGGGUCUGCGUAACCUAGUGUAAGGCCCACCUAACGUGGCUCAACUAUUAAGACCCUAUAGGUCCAGGAUUGGUAAAGUCUUCCUUAAUCAAGGAGAGACGACCUUGACCGGAAAUUCAAGGCUAGAUACAUAAAGGACUAGGUAAAUUAAUAUAACUAAGCAAGGGAGCCCAAGGACUACCCUGGAGCAUGCAGAUCAUACAGGUCCGGAACAGGGGCCAACCACCAAAAAGACAGCAAGUCGAAAGCCAGAAGUCUCAAACACCAUACAAGGAUGCACAGAGCAGUCAAUAGAGAUGAUAAAAAGGAGUCAUUUUGGUAUAUACGCAGCGUGCAGAAAAGUUAAAGCAGAGUAAAAGAUGUCUGUUACACGACACCCCAAGGGUGGAAAACCACUGCAGGCACGCAGGCCUGGAAAGAUGUUUGUUAAAAAUGUCAUUAAAGAGGAGUUUCAUCGGUUACCAAGGUGAGCAGGAGGGGCUUCAGAGGCGGGAGUAUCAGCAGCCGAGGUCUCCGCGGGAGCUUCCGGAUCCGCCAUCAAUGCCGGCAAACCCCAGGCUUGGGCAGAGAAAGAAGGGUCCCUCUUUGCAAGAAGGUCGUAUAGGGACUUUUGCAUCCCAUACUGCCCUAACUGGAAGCAUAGUGCCCCCUCCUCAUCCAGCUUGGCCUCGCCCUCGGGGGUAUGGAGCCAAUCCAGGGCAAUCUCCUCCCUCCGAUCCAAGAUCUUCUGCUCCACCUCGGCCUUGAGCUCCUCGCUCUCCUUGAAGGCCUGCACAGCGGUCGGGCCGGCCUCCUCAGCUUUCCUCUCUAGCUCCUCCUCCACCACACGGUGUGCAGCCUUAACAUCGCUCAGCCUCUUCUGAAGUGUCUCGCCCUUCUGCGCAGCCAGUCCCAGCCUCUUCUCCAGAUAUGCAAUUUGCUCCUUGAGGCCUGCUAUCAGGGACUGGGCGUCAUCCUGCCCCUCAUCCAGGCUGCGGGAUCCUGAGGAAGCCAAGACGAAGGCAUGGAGAUUACAAAACCAAGAUUAUGAGCAAGGGCAAGUCAGAGGAAGACAAAACAACAGUAAAAGAUUGUAAGGCAAACCUCAGAGAGAGAGUCGACGGCGCGCCGGAUGGAUGUCCGGGGAGACAAACCCCGAAUCUCCUCCUUAUCAAGGGGAGGAGUCACGGCCAGGCCAAGUGCUACCGGGUUCACAGUGCGGCAGAACAGAGAGGCAGAACCAGAUUUCAUGGAAAAGCGGACAUAAUGAAGACGUGACGGGGUUUCCCCCUGAUUGCCACCUCCUUGGGACUCGACAUCGACAACAUCUUCGGAAGAUUUGAGGGCAGCUUUUCCUUUCUUCCUGGGCCCGGAGAUAGGCCGGAGUGCCAGCCUCUUCCCAACCCCCUUAUCAAUAGGGGACUGAGGGUCAACAGCCGACGUGAUAGGAGCCCAGCACUAUCUCCGGGGGCGGACCCCCGUGACUUCUCUGAGGUUACCCUAAUGCUUCCUCGGGUCUGCAUUUUCCUGCCAGGGACUAGAGAACCGGGGGUGGAACCAGCCUUCGUCGCAAGCCGUUCCAACCGGGAGGCCAUCUUUUCACCCUUUGAAAAUCAAACACAGGUCAAGUCAGCAAAGGUGAUACUCAAAAAAAAAAAAAAUAUGAACGCCAACUCAGACAGAGCCGACCUGGCAGAAAGGUAAGAAUAACCACUCUGUCCUCACCUACGUAAUGGCCCAUCAAGAAUGGUGCACCAUCAGCGAUCAGCUUAGCGGCAUCCUUAUUGCCCUAUGACAGAAAAGGCAUGACCCAUUUCCGAAUUACCUCCCCCCACUUGUUCUCAAACUGCAACCUUCCAUCCACGGGGGUGACCCAUACCCAUUUCUGCCUCCAACCCUUGAAAGAGUCGGGAUAAGACUUGGCCUCGAAUAAACGAUGACCAGCCCGUGGUGAGAUUGAGAGGUAUCCUGGGGACUCGGAACCGCCAGGUCGUACAGAACGGAAGAAGUGAAGGAAGAUUUCAAUAAAAGGGCGAAUACCUAGGUGCAGGGAUCGAGCAAGGAACCCGACUAUGAACAUGUGGGUGGUUGGGGAAAAUUGGCCAGGAUCACGCCAUAGUAACCCAUGACGCUCAGGACAGCAGAAUGAAGGGGGAAUCAGAGACCUACUUGGAGACUAGCUAUAUGAACUCCAAAGUGAAGAGGGGAAGGAGAAUCAACAAUAUUCUGCCCAGGGGUGGGGCGGGAGCAGACAACGCUUGGGCCCGCUAAGAUCACUGCUUCGCCAAAUUCGGCAUCGGACAGAGCCACAGCCGGAACCUGUCGGGCAUGCUCGCAAGAGAGGAAGAAGUGAGUCUCCCUCCCAUCCGGAUCUACCGGAAUACGGGGCCGUUCAGAGGAGGCCCCUGCCUCAGGAAAGACGUGGUGUAGUGGGACGGAACUUGAAGAAGACAUCAGGGGAACUUACCUGAUGAAGCUUGAAGAUGAGGAAAAGAAUCGCGCGGAUUAGAGCUCCUAACCGAGAAAUCGAAUUCCAAAGCAGAAGGAAAGUUGCGUAAGAACGCAAUGAAAGACGAUGAGCAUUUAAAUAGCCGAAAAUUAGGGCUUGGGAACCACAAUGAUGACACUUGGGUAUUGAAGAUGGUAAGUCGGCUCGGGAACUGAACCGAAUGGCAGGCCUAUGUGAUUUUAGAGAGUAGGGGGGCUCGUGAUGGUACCAUGGAACCCGACCAUGGCCCAAUUGUGUGAGUCCGACCCAUGAACAAGAUUAACCUUUAACGGGAUUAAUGAUAGAUAACCAUUGGGCCUAACUAGGAACCAAGCCCGCGAGAAGAACCCACCGCCAGGCCAAGCUGGAAAGCAUGCCUCGAGCCUGGGCGGAGUUCUAGUGAGGUUGGGAUAUUCCUAGGGCUGACGUGGCACGCUAUCAGUGCAAACGGAAGCUGGCAGAAGUUAAACUGCUGGAACGUGGGAUAAAGGAACAAUCAUUGCACAACGGCCGAGACGUUACAAAAGUCCUAUUCAAGCUAAUGCAUCAUUAAUAGCAUUUAUUGUACUAGUUUCCUUUUGUAACACUAGUUCCUUAGCCUAUAAAUACAACUUGUAAAGCUCCAAAAGAGGGAGAGACCUGGAUCAAUACAACACUGCCUAACGCUGCCAAAUUAUCAUCUGCUUCCGCAGAUUUAGCUCUUGUUGUUGGAUUAAACUCCAUCAGAGAUCAAAUCCCAUUUCAAUUGAGGCUCCAGAGAUAUGAACGAAUUCUUGAUACUCUUAAAUAUAUUUCAUCCCAUCCACACUUAUAAAUAGGGGUUAGAGUUGAGAAAAGGGGAGAAACUACAAGACUAGGAAAACGGUGCCAAGAAGUAGUGCUGCAAAGACCACUAUUUGGAUGGAUCAACAAAUAUACUUUUCGGAAAUAUGUUUCAUUUCACUUUUGUUCUAUCUAUGUCCCACCGGUUUAAUGAUUAUUACCCUUGAUUAUUAAUUAAUAAGUACUACAUGUCUACAUUUAUUAGAACAAUUUCAUUUCAUUUCACUUCCUUUGUUAUAGAACAAUUUCUGCAUUUAUUCAGCAUAAAAGGUAUUUGCUAAUGCGGUAAUUUUAAGAGGUAAUUUGAGUUUGCACUCCAUUUUAUUGUCCAAAUUAGACUUUGCACCUUGUUUUUAAAAAUCUUUUUUUUUUGCACUCCAACCCAAUAUGAAAAGACAAAAAUGCUCUCGAUCAGGAAUAUGUUGAAGCCAACAAAAUUGUUAAUGGAGAGGCAAUUUUGUCUUUUCAUUUAGGGUUGAAGUGCAAAAACAAAGUUUUUUAAAAACGAGAUGCAAUGUCCAAUUUGCAUAACGGGGUGCAAACUCAAAUUGCCCCUAAGUUUAAUUUUUAACAAUUUUGCUAUAGGUACCCCAAACUUACCCCAAUUCAUACCCCAUAUAAAAGCCCUCCAAGUAAUUGACCCCCCACCUCCCUCAUGUGCGUCCCUCACCUUUCCCACUCACCUCCAACCUUUCCAAAUCUCCCGCUCCCACCUUUCCCCUUCCCCACAACUUUCGAAAAACAACCCUCGGCGGUGAACCCCCACCGCCUUGCAAACCUCCGUUUCCAAAUGUUUGUGUCGUCGCGUUGCACACCAGCCCAAAUUCAAGAGCUUCACCGAAUUUCAACCCGCCCCGACCCAUCCGUGAAUUGAAGCAGUGUUUCGUGAGCACCCCCUCGUUGCAGACCUCCGUCCCUGUUUGUCCAAGUUCGUCCGAGCACUGUUCCGGUUCGUCCAAGUUCGUCCGAGCAAAUUGCAGACCUCCGUCCAUGUUCGCCCAUAACCCAUUCUGAAGAUUUUUGACUCCAUGGUCCGCACAAGCUUAUCACAAAUGGCUGAAAGGGCUUUUGAACUACAAGUUCCCAUGUCGAAGCAGUUUCCUGCCCAGUAUUCUGUGUGCUCAUUUUUCAAAGAGGCCGGAAGCUUGGUGCAGUCUGCCUUGACCAAGAAGCAACUUGAGGAGUUUAAGAAGCUGCCAUGGGGCCACCUCAUAUCUGUGCCAGAAAUGCAAUUUUCGGGACAAAUUAUCCAUUCUCUUCUGCUCAGGCUUGUACGGGACCAACCCGAUGACGAGUUAUGGUUUUGUAUUCAAGGGAAGCUGUUGAAGUUUACCUACGCAGAUUUCUGCCGCAUCUCUGGGAUUAAAGCAUCGAGGGAAAAGCCUGUAUUCAGUACUGGUGAAGAGGUUCGGGGGAAGGUGUUUGAGAAGUACUUUGCUGGAUCAACGGACAUAACCUUCAAGACGCUGAAGGAAAAGCUGAAGGCAUUCAAGCCUAAAAGAGGAGAUUCCACUGACCCUCUGAAGCUAGUGUCCUUGUGUUACCUUGUGAGUGUUCUGCUUGCAAGAGAUAACAAAACAAAAAUAAAUUUAGACUAUGUCAAAUGGGCGGAUGAGUUUGAGAAGUUUACGAUGUAUAACUGGGGUUUAGAGUCCUACAACAUAAUGGUUGAAAACCUGAAAACUGUCAUGAAAGGUCAGCCCGGGAGGUUCAAGAAAAGCAAUGUCAAAAAUGCCAAGUUCACUCUAUACGGAUGUCCUCAUAUUCUACAGGUUUGGGCGUAUGAGACCGUUCCUAACCUUGGAGAGAAAUUUGCUGAACGAGUUGGUAAUGAAGACAUCCCUAUGCUGAACUGGAAGGCUGAUGGAUUCUUUCAUGCACGGAAGCUGAAUGAAUUGGUUUUCAAGGACAAUGAUGAUGAGGAAGAAGCAGAGGAAGAUGUUGAUGAGGAUGAUGAAGAAGAAACAGAGAACGAGGAUGAAGAAGUAGGGAGGAAGGGGUUCAAGGCCAAAGUCAUGAAGGAGAUUAAAGCUCUGCGGAAGAAUGUGGCAGAUUUGGAAAUGAGGUUGAAGUUGAUGGAAGAGAGGGUGAGUGCACCGUGUGGUGUGUCAAACAAUGCGGCUGAGGUUGGUGGCAAUGAGGUUGAUGCUAAUGCCAUGCAAAUGGAUGAUCAUGACGACCCAACACACACUGAAGAAUGUGGCCCAACGGCCGUUGUAGAUGAUGCAAACAAUGUGAAGGAGUCUGAUCUCACUACACCUUCGGUUGAGAUCAUCUCAACCAUCCUCAAUGAACUGGCUGAUGUUGUGGAUAAUUCAAAGGAUGAGAGGGAGUGUGAUCCUACUACAGCUUCCAAUCCGAUCAUCUCACCGGCUCUUCUUGAUGUAAGUUAAAAUGUCGGUCUCAUUGUAUUGAAUUGUCUGUCUACAAACAUCUUCACAAUCUCAAUCAUUUGACUGUUUUAUAAGGUGGCUGCUGCUGAGCUCACUAAUCCUGCCCCUUGUCUGGGAAUAAAUAAUAGAUUUCCUUGCUAAUGUGUACCACCUUUCCAAAUGAGAUUUCCAACCGAUUUCAAACUCAGCAGGGAAUUGGGAGUCAUAUACUACAUCAUGUAUACCAUCCAUAAUUUUAUCUUUAUGGGUAAACCCUCCCAACUUCUCCGGUAGCUUCUUCAUGAUGUGCCAUAAACACCAUCGGUGUCGCGUAUUCGGAAAUACUAUUUCGAUGGCGUUUUGCAUAGCUCGAUCUUGGUCGGUAAUAAUUCCCUUCGGGGCACACCCGUCCAUACACUGAAGCCAAGCUUUAAAAAUCCACACAAACGUAUGAGUAUCUUCACUCGAGAUUAGGCCACAACCAAGCAAUAUUGAUUGACCAUGGUGAUUGACGCCUACAAAUGGCGCAAACGGCAUGUCAUAUCGAUUGGUAAGAUAUGUUGUGUCAAAUGUAAUGACAUCCCCAAAAUCUUGGUAAGCAUAUCGACAUCGAUUAUCCGCCCAAAAAACAUUCCGUAAGCGUGACUCUUCAUCCAAAUCAAGCAUAAAGAAGAACCCGGGGCAUUGAGCUUGCAUUCUACAAAAAAAAAUCUUGUAAUGCCACCGCAUCACCACUUCCCAACCUAAAUUUACGCACUUUAUCUAUAUAGUUCCUACAAUCCUUUUCAAUGAAGGAAAGUUGAUCAUAUCCGCCGGCUUCAACAACCACGGAGUUGAAACUCUUAUGAAGUGGUAUACCGGCGACAUCAUUGAUUGCAAUUUGCCUCAUAGCUUUCCGUGUCAACCUCCUAUUACACCGAAAUAGUCUAGACUUCGUAGGACUCAUAGGAUGGUUAUGAUCUAAACAAGCCGUUGAAAUCACCCAACCCCCGGCAUAAUUUAUACGUGCUCUUAUUUUGGCCAAGCAACCAACUUGCAUCGAAGGUAGAGGCUUCAAAACAUUUUGUGCACGGCUUUGCCUUUUUCCAGCGCGCCCACACUCUAAUGCAAUUGCAGAUGUCGUUCCAUCCCCAUCUUUCCUAGAAUUCCUUAUUCUAACAGGAAACCCUACUCUUCUCCCGUACUCCUUGUAGAAAUCAUACACUGCAUCUUUACUGGGGAACUCCAUACCAACAACGGGGACUUCAAUAAAAAUCUGUUCUUCCUCUUCAUCUGUUAUUUCAGAAAAAUAUACAUGUUCACUACAUUUAUCAUUUUGUCUCUACAAACAAACAAUAAUUGUAAUAAAUACAUACAUAUAGUCUGCCCGCCAAACCAUGUUUAAAUAAAACACCUUUAUAUAACACUCUAACAACUAUAAAACCACGUUCACUUCAAACAACUAUGAGACCGCGUUUACGUUAGGCUUGCCAGACACUGCACUGACAAAUUGUCUGUCCGCCAGACAAAAUACAAAAAUGACGGAAAACAAACUUACUCUUGUCCAAGACUUCCACAUCUUCAUCAUCUUCUUCCCUUGAAGUCGCGUCUACUUCAACAGCCUUCGGAGAUGGUGGAUUACCACCGUCACUCACCUCAACAAGCUUCUCACCUUCAUCUCCCCAUGUCAACCCAUCCAAACAAAACUCAUCACUAAAGUCGGAUAAAUGCUUCCCCAUCACAUCCAUCCAAGAAGAUGAUGUAAAGACGCAGGUAAGACCCUCUGUCGAGCACUGUAGCAGUUCGAAGGUUGGGGUGUGUUUUGGCGGAAACAAUAAGAGUGGGUGGAGGGUUUGGGAGAUGUGAGAGAAAGUUAUUUUUAGAAAGGGGUAAAAGGGAUGGUAAAAAUAGGGGUAUUUAUAUGGGGUAGGAAUUGGGGUAAAAGAGAAAUUUGAAUUGCUUUAAUAUCUUCAGCAUUCCUAUUUACUUGUUUGAUAAUUAUAUGACUGUACUUUUUGUCUAUUCAUUUGUAGGCUCCUCACGGCUCACACAGUCACACAACAGUUUUUUUCAAACUUGCCCUUCAUUUCUUAAUUAUGCAACUAAAAUAAUAAAUGUAAAAGGUGUAAGCAAUUAAACACUAAGGAUGUUUUUACUCUGAUUGUAAUUUGUUGGUCUGGUCUGAUCUGGUCUGAUCUGGUCUGGUCUGGUCUGAAAUGGUCUGGUCUGGUCUGGUCUGGUUUCUUUGUAUUUUUAUAACUAUCCAAGUCUGGUCUGAACUGGUCUUAUCUGGUCUGGUCUGGUCUGGUCUGGUCUAGUCUGGGACGAAUUACAGUCCAAGUAAAAACAUCCUAAAGCCCCCUCCCCCGUAACGCUUUGUUUGAGGAAAAAUUGGUCAUUAAAAUAUUCAAGGAAAAAUCCUCACGAUCUUACUAACUUGAGAACUUGAAAUGCUAGAAUUAAGUAUAUAAACAAUCAGUACUAGUUGAUUAAUUAAUACUCACGUAUAUUAAUUGUGAAAAUGACGAUUUUUUUAAGGAAGUAAUAACAAAAUGCGAGAUAACAAAUAUAUACUCCAUACCAUGUAAACACACAUGUCUGUCUUUAUGUGCUAAAGUAAAUUCCUUAAAUAUAAACAAAACAUUGAUAUAAUGCAAAAAUAAGAUUACAAUUGUUUUCUUUUUAAAAUUAAAAUAAGACUAAUGAACUCCUAAUUAAUGAUUGAUGCAUGAAGUUUUAUUAUUUUUAUAGGAUCGAGUUUUUAGUUCUAUUUAGAUCAAUUAAUAUAGAGAGUACAAAAUAAAUAAUUUUAGUGCAUGUUUUCUUUUUAGUUAUUUUUAUUCUAGCAUUUCGAUCAGAUUGAGAAGGAUCAAUAUUCACAAUGAUAAAAACGUGCCAGGGAGCACUACGAUAGGUGUAUUAGCAAACCCCGGGGUAUUCUCACAACGCAUUUCUUUUUUUAUAGGGGUAUUAGCAAAUCGCGGGAUUUAUAAUAUGCGUCAAAUCCCCUUGUGUUAUAACUAAUCAUGCACAAAAUCCUCUCUAAGAACAAAUUUUACAAUUUUAAAAUAUUUUUUUUAAUAAAAAUGGUUGAAUAUGUAAGUAAUUUUGUCAAAAUUUCUAAAUUAUACAAAAAUAACUAAUAAUUUUUCAUUUUUUAGAAAUUAAAUUUAUUCUUGAAGGUGAUUUGACGUAUGAUUAAUUAUAACACAGGAAGAUUUAAUGCAUUUUUUAAAUCACACUGAUCAAUGCCCCGAAUUUAUAUUUCAAUGCAUGAAACCCACUAUCAGAGUUUGGUAUUGGUCAAAGUUUGGUAUUGGUCAAAUUUGACGUCUGGGCCCAGUUUUUAUCCCAACAAUGAGUGGUUGAGUACAAUUCAACGAGCUCCAUAGUGCACGUCUGCCCAUAACUAAUUUACGCAGUACCUAAUAUUAUGAGUAAUAUUAUGAGGGUCAUGCUAUGGUGCCUUUAAAAAUUUGGAAGUUAUGGUGCAUCUCAUUGUGUGAGCAAAUGAAAUAGUGACACAUGGAAAUAGUGUGACAUGAAAUAGUGUCAUUAAUGAAUUGACUUGGAAUGCUAUUGGGUGAGAAAAGUAAAUGUAUGGUACACUCCAAAUUUGAAGAGGUACCGUAGAAAUCUCCUAUGAGGAUUUGAACGGGUUUGAUUUGUCCGCAAAUUAUACCGUGGGAUCGGUGCACCAUCCUCAUGGUAUACCGAUCCCAAAACGACAUAGUUUUGCUCCGUAUUAAUUAAAAAGGAAGUAUAUGUGUUGCCGGUUUGAUUCUCUACAAGAUUAAAAAGAGACACUGUGCGUUUCUUCCUGAGAUAGAGCAUCGGACGUUGGUCAUAAACUAUCACCGGCGAGGAAGUGGCGGCGGUACAACAGCUCAUCCUCAAGGCGGCGGCGGCGUGGCGCUCAGCCUUGACGGCGGCUUUGAUCGAUGCUGACGAGUAGAUCCCACCAGAAUAUUCGGUACAGACCGAUCAAUCUCAUCUUCCUUCAUGUCCAGGCAAUCCAACAGCUUGUUCACAGUGAAGUCGUGCUCUGCUAUUUGGGCGACGGUGUAGUAUAUAUGUUUAUACACCAGAAAUUGCUUUGUUAAUAUGGUUUCAAGAAGUUUCUGAUUUUUUUAACCCAUUACUAUCAGAUGAUACAGAAUUGGUAAUUAACGGGUGACUAAUUUUGGUGUAUGUGAUUUACAUUUGAGUUACAC